UUUAAAAAUUUAGGAAUAAAUUAAAGGUUUAAAAAUUAAUCCGGCCCCGGGAGUGAUAUCCUCAAGUGGUCAGCCGCACUCGGUCCCUGUGUGGGGGUUUUCCCGGGGCAAGAAAAAAAAUCAGGCACUUGGGUAGACAGCUAUGCUUCUCUAUGCACCUGUCCCAGGUGAGCAGCAGCAGCACUAGCCUCCUCCUCUUCUGCGAAGGCGGGUUUGUGCUGCUGCUAUUUGUGAUGGGGCACCAUUCCCUCCAUUGCAGCAGGUGCAGCUCUUCUUGGGAGUGACUGAGGCUGCUUGGCUUUCCCCAGCUUGUUUUCCUCUGGAGUCUUCUUGGAAGGAUGAAUAAUCCUAUACCUUCCAAUCUGAAGUCAGAAGCUAAAAAAGCAGCUAAGAUUUUAAGAGAGUUUACAGAAAUAACUUCCAGAAGUGGUCCUGACAAGAUCAUACCUGCCCACGUAAUUGCCAAAGCGAAAGGCCUUGCAAUCUUGUCUGUCAUAAAGGCUGGAUUUUUGGUAACUGCUCGAGGAGGCAGCGGGAUUGUAUUAGCUCGCCUGCCAAAUGGAGGCUGGUCGGCUCCAUCUGCAAUAGGGAUAGCUGGCCUGGGUGGUGGAUUUGAAAUUGGAAUUGAGGUGUCAGACCUUGUAAUAAUACUGAAUCACGAAAGAGCAGUUGAAGCUUUUGCAAAAGGUGGAAAUCUUACUCUGGGAGGAAACUUUACAGUGGCAAUUGGACCUUUGGGGAGAAAUCUAGAAGGUGACGUAGCCUUGAGAAGCUCUGCAGCUGUCUAUACCUACUGUAAAUCUCGAGGGCUAUUUGCAGGGGUCUCUUUAGAAGGGAGUUACUUAAUUGAAAGAAAGGAAACAAAUAGCAAGUUCUAUGGUCGGGAUAUUCGUGCCAGUGCCAUUUUGUUUGGUGAUCUACCUCCUCCUCUUCAGGCACAGGACCUUUAUGACAUCCUUGAGUCUUUUACACUCCAGUAUGACUGUUAUGAGGGAAGGAACCAUGUGUGGACACCUGUACAAAGAGAACCAAGAAAGGUUAAUGAAUACUCCUCAAGGCAACAGUCACGUAGAACAUCUGAAAAUUUUACACCAGAAGAUAUGCGAGCCCCAAGCAGGCUUUACCGGCUUCCCAGUUACUCAGCUUCGAUGAGCAACUCUCAGACCAGUUCUACAAUUGUGACAGCAAUAUAUCCGUUUGAAGGGCAACAGCCGGGGGAUUUGACUUUCAAAGUUGGAGACAAAAUCAAGGUCACAACAAAAACAGAUUCCCAGUUUGACUGGUGGGAAGGAUGUUUACAUGGCAGGACCGGCAUUUUUCCUGCUAAUUAUGUUACUAUAAACUAAAACACAUUUUAAAUGGCCUUUCUGCUUUGCCAAAAUCCUUUUUCUUAUAUGUGUAGAAAAUGAUGUACCUUGAUUACUCUGAGUGUGGGUCAAUGGGCAAGGCAGGAAGUCCCAUGGAGCUCCUUAGAGCUUUGUUUUCCUAACCUUAGCUAACCUCUCCCAACAAAUACAUCCAUACAUGCAGAACAAACUUGUGAAGGCAUUACAGAGAAUGUGAUCUUCACAUGUGCUUCCCAUAUGCUCCAUCCAUUUCUCCUUCUGUGAAGUAAUCAAAGGUGAGAUAAGGAGUAAGGGCAGAGGGAAUACACACGGACUCACCAUUUCUUGAAGAACUGCCUUAUGCUAAUGUUGGUGGAGGGAGCAAGCCAACAAGAUUCUGUUGAGUUUGAAUCAUUGCCUCCCUGUGUAGACACUGUGUGCCUUUUUCUGAGUCAAACCUUAUGUUGAGAUAUAGAUAGAUAGAUUUUUAAAACAAAAUUAAAAUAAUAUUUCAAAUGUUUUUGUUUUAUCUUUUCUCUAACUUAAUACUUGAUUAUGAACAAAAUCAUGAAAAACAAAUCAGAUUACGCUGUACAAGAGAUGCUAAAAUUAAUAUAUUGUGUGUUUUGUAUCUAACAUUUUCCACUAAU